CCCGGGUAUUAUGGAUUUAAGGGUUUAGCGGUUAUUUUACAAACUUUAACGGAAAUGUUUGUCGAGACUAAAAUAUUAACCACAAAUCUUUGUGCACCGCAAUCAUCCUCUCAAUAUUUGGCACAAGUUUUGGUUCCGGAAACAGCGAUCAGACUUAUUGCAGAGGAUUUUGAUAAUAUUUCUUUAGAAGCCGCAAAAAACAUUAUGGUUGAUAGCGUUGAGUUUGGACAAUAUGUUCAUGAUGAUA